AUGCUAAUAACAAACACAGCGUACUCUAAGGAUAUCGUAAAGAUGAAUUUCAUAAACCAUAUACCCGUAGCAGGCCAAAUCAAAGGUUUUGCCCACCUUCUUUGCGGGGAUGACGAAGAAGGAAUAAAAUGUUUAAAGCAAGCAAAUAGAUCCUCAUUCGUAGCAGGUGGGGCUAUUGUCGGCAGCGUUUUCGGACUACCAGGAGCGUGUGGCGGUGCGGCUAUCGGAGGCACGACUAUGGAUUGUAUUCAUUCUGUUGCCUGUGAUACCUCUGAAGGCACUAUCCGUGCAGGGGAUCGCAUACUAAGGGACAUCGAAAAGGGCAGAAACCCUACAAGGUCAUCGUUGAAUCUUGGGGUCUAUGUUGCCGCAGAUGCUUUCAGCGGGUACGGUACUUAUCGCGGGCUACCGACAAGGGGCGGUAUUCGUAUUCACCCUUUGUAA